AUGGCUCCUGAGAAAGAAGUGCAGGGUGGUGUGGAAUGGCGGGUGACGGUGCCUGAAGGUGCAUCGGCUGUCGUCGAGCCUCGGCCCGUUAAUGGCUGGGUUGAUCUGGUGCGGGCUUGGUUGAUGGCCGCUGCCGGCUUCGGGAGGAAAGCUUGGCUGAUCGGCGCCGACGAUCCCCGGAAAGUGGUGCACGGUGUCAAAGUGGGGGCUGCGCUCUCCUUGGUGUCGUUGUUCUACUACACGAGGCCGCUCUACGAUGGAGUCGGAGGGUGGGCGAUGUGGGCGGUCAUGACUGUCGUGGUGGUCUUCGAAUUCACCGUCGGUGGGUGCUUGUGCAAAGGAUUUAACAGAGCAAUGGCGACGGUCACCGCCGGGCUCCUCGCCGUUGGCGUCCACUGGAUCGCGAGCAGAGCGGGGGAAACGGCGGAGCCUGUGAUCUUAAGCGCCUCGGUGUUCGUCCUAGCUUCCGCCGCCACAUUUUCUCGGUUCCUGCCGGCGAUAAAGGCCCGGUUCGACUACGGCAUCACCAUCUUCAUCCUCACCUUCACCUUCGUGGCUGUCUCCGGCUACCGGGUGGACCGGCUCCUCCAUCUCGCGCAGCAGCGCGCGUACACCAUUGUCAUCGGCGUCGGCAUCUGCCUCCUCGUCUGCGUCUUCAUCUGCCCGGUUUGGGCUGGCCAAGAGCUCCAUCUCCUCGUCUCCGGCAACAUGGAGAAGCUUGCGGAUUCGCUAGAAGGCCUGGCGGAGGAGUGCUUCAUGGAGGAUCAAGGAAGGCAGCUGCCCUCUGCGAAGUCACCGGGCUACAAGUGCGUUCUCAACUCGAAAGCGUCGGAGGAUUCUCAGGCCAAUUUGGCGAAAUGGGAGCCGCCGCACGGCCGGUUUAGGUUCAGGCAUCCAUGGAGCCAGUACCUUAAGGUGACAGCCGCCAUGAGGUAUUGCGCCUACUGCAUGGAGGCCCUCAACGGCUGUGUCGCCUCGGAGAUUAAGGCGUCGGAGAAGAUGAAGAGCCACCUGCGUGGAGUCUGCGUGAAGCUGAGCUCGGACUCGUCCAAGGUGUUGAAGGAGCUGGCGAGAUCCAUCAGGUCGAUGGAGGAGUCCCGGAGCAUUCCGUGCUUGGUGACGGAGAUGAAGAGAGGAGCGCAGGAGCUGCAAGCUGCUCUCAGAUCGCUCCCUGAGCAACUGAUGAGUGCGGGAGGAGAGGAGGAAACGACGGCCGACGGCGGCGGUGGUGAGAAUCAGAGAGUGACCGUGUCGCUGAUGGAAGGCAUGCCGAUCAUCACGGCGGCUUGCUUGCUGGCCGAAGUCUCCGAGCGGGUGGAGGGCGUCGUCGAGGCCGUCGGUGCACUGGCGGCUCUCGCGAGGUUCGACCGGAAGAAGGCGGCGUUCGCCUCUGUCGCCCCCCAGGAUGAGUCAGCGACGCCUCAACGUCAAGAGGUCUAGACAACAACAUCCUCAAAUAAAUAAAUAAAUAAACAAAGAUAAAAUAAAUAAAAAAGAGAGAGAGAGAGAGAGCGAGAGCGGCGUUGAAUUUGUUUAAGGAAUUCAAAACAAGUCAACUUUGAUUGACUGGUGGUACUGCACAAAGUUCUUGGUACAAAAGCCUCUGAUACUAGGGGUGAAGUGACUAGAAUUGGAAAAUUUGAAGUAUUGGCAAACUCUACGGAGGAUGGGUUUGGAAAUUGAAAAAGUAUAAGGAGCGAAAUGGAA